UCGUGUAGUUGAGUAGCCAGCCUAGGCUACUUCUCAAAUGUUGCUGUAAUAGGUUUCUCCUUUGCAUGGCGCUUUGUUGCACGUUUUUUUUGUAAGCAGGAUAAAGUAAAGCAGAUUAAUUUAAAUUGAAUUCACAGAUGUGAGCGUAGAUGACUCAACUGUUGACUCGCUUAUGCGUCCUAUUCGGCCUGCAGUGUUUGACACAUACGCUUGCCUUUUAGCCACGUUAUGACUGACUUGUGAUCAUUGCCCUUGCUAGUUUGAUUGUAUCGACAUUCCCAACAUUAGUUACAGUAGUCAGUUUUUGUUCAAAAUAUUGAGUUGUUGUAAGAAACUGCAUCAUAAUAUUGAGUUAUUGUAAGAAACUGCAUCCCGUGGAGGCAGAAAACAACGUACCAGGCAAGCUGUGAUUUACAACCUGAUGGCAAUAUUUUUAGACUACCAAAAUAUGAAUUAUGCAUUGAACCGCAUCCAUCUAUUCUAGCAACAAUGCCUUACUGUAUGUCAUGAUAUUUUGAGUCAAAUAGAACCUAUUUUUAAAACAUUUUAUAAAAAGUUGUUUUUGUAGCAUAACUAGGAAUGUCACAUUUUUGACUGAUAUUAUGACUGUCUGUUUGUUUCAUAUUUGCAUAUAUGUCAAUUCCACUUUAACCGUUUUAAAUGUCAACUUCAGUAGGGUUAGGUCAGAGUUCGGACAUCCCAAGGACCCAGAUGAGAUUUUUCCGUACACCACCUACAACAUGGAAUCUUGGUUACUAGGUAACGGUAAACUGUACAUGGAAGUGUCCAAUCAGAGAACAGACCGGGGCCUGCUUGCAAACUUCUGUGUUGACAAAUAUUUUGAUAAUUUUCUAUUUAGCUAGUUAACGUUAUAUUACCUACUUUGGGAUGGAGUUUUGAUAUGGCUUCUUUACAAAAUGCUGACCCGGCGUUGAGGGAAUAUAUACUGAAGCAUUCCUUGCCCCAAAUAUUUCAGGCAUUAUUAACAGGUUUAUGUGUGUCGUGUCCUGAAAGUCCAUUACAUUUUCUGGAAAGGAAGAUUGUGUCUAUUCAGGAAAACCGGGACACUGCUGAGAUUGAUUGGCAUACAUGUGUUGACGAUCCAGAACAAGUCGCCGUGACCUCACUGGCAGGAAGCAUGGUGCAUGACAUCUUUGGGAAACGAGAUGAUACACUGUUUCUCUCCCAUUUGUUUGAGAAGGCCUACUCCUGUUACAGAAUAAGUUUAACAAAUAUGUGCUUCAAGGCGUGGAAAAGGUUCAUCUGGAAUAAGCGGAAGGAGGCCAGGGAGUUGACACUGAAGAUGGAGACAGCUGAGAGGCACUACAUACAGAGGGGCCUGAGGGUCGCACUCUGCAAGUGGGUGGAGUGGGUACAGGUCUGCAAGAGAAGGCAGAACGAUGCCAUGAAAAAGAUCCAGCGAGUGUGGAAUGCUAUCCACUGUAAGAUUGUCAUAGGUGCUUGGCGCUAUGUGGUACAGGACUCAAAACGGACAAAGGAGUACUUUGAGAAACUGGAGAAUGGUCUGUUGGAGAUGAGCAGUAAGGACUCUGACGUUGCCAUUGGAGAGGGACAUGAUGGACUCUCACUGCUACCUUGCAAGCUCUCAAUAAAGGUCUUCCAGAGACUAGACGUAGGAGACCUGCUGAAAUGUGCAGAAGUGUGUCGGACCUGGAAGGCCAUCGCUCAGACCUGCUCACUGUGGAGUCGGAUCAGUUUCUCUGUGGAGAGGGACUGGAUCACAGACCGCAUCGUGGAACAGAUCCUACAGAAGUACCGGCCAUUUGUAGUUCACCUUAACAUGCGUGGCUGCACCUCUCUACAGUGGCCCAGCUUCAAAUGUAUCAGUGAAUGCAGAAACCUACAGGAGCUGAACCUUUCAGAGUGUUUCAACAUUAAAGAUGAGAUGGUGUGUAUGAUUCUAGAAGGCUGCCCCACUCUGCUCUACCUGAACCUGUCCUUCUCAUAUGUGGCCAAUGGGACUCUCAGAGAGCUCUCCAGGAGCUGUCUGAACCUGCAGUUCCUGAGUCUAGCAUGCUGCCGUAUGUUCACUGAUAAAGGCUUACAGUACCUGGCCUCAGGGAAGGGCUGCCACAAGCUCAUCCACCUUGACCUUUCUGGCUGCACUCAGAUCUCAGUGGAAGGUUUCAGGUACAUAGCAGCGGGCUGCCCUCUGCUCCAGCAGAUAGUCUUCAAUGACAUGCCUACUCUGUCAGACAGCUGUGUGCUGGAGCUGGCCUCUAAGUGUCACUCUCUGUCUGCCAUCUCCCUAUGGGACACGCCCCAUCUCUCAGACUCCGCCUUCAAAGCCAUCGCUGAGGUGGCCAACCUCUCCAAGUUCAGUGUUGAUGGUAACAGUCGUAUGUCAGACAUCAGUUGGAGGGCUCUGUGUCGUAGCUCUCCAGGCCUUACGAGACUCCAUGCUGCUGACUGCCCUAGAAUGACUGACUCCAGCCUAAAGUCUAUGGGCGCCCUCAAAAACCUGGUCUACCUCAACAUCUCACACUGCAGCAGGGUGAGUGACAUGGGGCUGCGGUACCUGACUGAGGGGCCUUCUGCCUCUAAACUGAGGGAGCUGAAUCUGAGCAACUGCAGCCGCAUCAACGACUUAGCUAUCAUGAGGGUGGCUCAAAAGUGCAGUAAGCUGAACCACCUGAGUGUGUCUUACUGUGAUAACCUGUCUAAUUCUGGUCUGGAGUGGCUCAGUAGCUGUUCCUCUCUCCUCUCUCUGGACAUCAGUGGCUGCAACAUCAUGGACCAGGGGUUGAUUGCUCUAGGUGGGAACCCUGGCCUGAAGAAGCUGGUUGCCUCUGAGUGUGUCUGGAUCACUGACAUUGGCAUAGAGAAGUUCUGCAGGCAGGCGAGAGGUCUGGAGUAUAUUGAUGUGUCUCACUGUGUAGCUCUAUCUGACCAGGCCAUCAAGGCUCUGUCCUUCUACUGCAGGACUAUAGUCACGUUACGCAUGCCUGGCUGCCCAAAGAUGACAGACCUGGCGGUACAGUACUUGACAGUAGGGCGUCACUUCCUGAGAGAGCUGGAUGUGAGUGGCUGUGUCCUGCUGACUGAUCGCACACCACGCUUCUUACAGACAGGCUGCCCACAGCUCAACACCAUCAACAUGGUCUACUGCAGGGGAAUAUCCAAGCAGGCGGCUCUGAGGCUCCAGCCCUGUGUUGAGAAGUGGGAGCACAGUAACGAUGACGCCCCCUACUGGUUCGGCUAUGACAGUCUUGGCCAGCUGCUGCAGCCAAUCGGACGACCCGACAAGAUCCAGGACACCUGGGAAGAAGAGGAGCCAGCACCAAGAAACAACAAAAAGAGGAAUUUGAUAAAGGCCUGUGGAGAGGACUACGAAUACACAGCAUGAAUACACACACAGUCCAUGCAGAUAAACAAACGCACAACGACUUAGUUUAUACAGUACACACACACCGCCUCACAAUCUAAGGUAAAUCAAAUCCCUAACACAUACACUGCACCUUACAUUAACUCUAGCUCAGAUAUCAAGCAACGGGAAGGAAUGGCCAAAGAUUAAUAACCAGAAAACAAUAUUUUGUAUCUGAGAAUCAAUGCAGUAUAUACAUUUAUGCAGUUUAUACAGAAUAUACAUUUAUGCAAAGCGUCUGCAUCAUACUGUUUCAAAGCUUUCUUCUAUGCAUUGCAACACAAGACAGAUGAUUGAAUUUCAUAAUUACAUCAUAAAGAAAACAAUUUUAGCUUGGAAAUAAUCAUUAAAAAAUAAAUGUCCUCAAUAUGAUUAGAUUUAUUUGUCUUUGUCAACACUUUUCCCAGUUUUUUGUAUUUGCAGUAAAUUGAUCCCCCCCAAACCUAUUUUGUACAUUUUGCAGUUUCUACCCUGUGGUAAGAAAGUCUUAAGAGUUGUUCUUGCUUUGACUGUUGCACACACACUAACCACAGCAGUCUCUGAACUUCUCAAAAGUCCAGUUAGACUUCAAGCUCAAUACCUGACUGAAUAUGUGAGACCUGAAUGUUGUUCAGUGUUUCAAUCUAAGAGCUCUGCUGAUGACCACAAAGACAAUGACUGAACUAGCCUGGCUGCCAGCAUGCCACUAUAUUUCUGCUUGAGCCCUCUCGUAAAGCAGAAACAUGACUGAGUUACCUCUACUAACCAUGAUCAUGUGCUACAACUGUAUAUAGACAUAUAAUAUAGCCUGCAGUUUCCGUUAUCACAUAUGUAGCAUAGCCUUUACUUUCAGGUAUGUUAUUCAGUUCUA